UAUUAGCCAUCAGAUCUCAGUUUCCUUUCAGCUGAUUGCAGCAAAUCCAUCUCAUCUCUCUCCAACCGCUCCUCGUGCUCUCAUCGAUUGGAAAAAUCGGUUAAGUAUGGGUGCUGAAAAUAAUGUUGAUAUGGAGGAGGGAACUCUGGAGAUUGGAAUGGAAUACAGAACUGUAUCUGGAGUUGCUGGACCCCUUGUCAUCCUCGACAAAGUGAAGGGACCCAAGUACCAGGAAAUUGUUAACAUUCGCCUAGGAGAUGGAACAACUCGACGCGGGCAAGUAUUAGAGGUUGAUGGAGAGAAGGCUGUUGUUCAGGUUUUUGAAGGAACUUCUGGAAUUGAUAACAAAUAUACAACAGUCCAGUUUACCGGCGAGGUUCUAAAGACACCAGUCUCGUUGGACAUGCUUGGCCGUAUCUUUAAUGGUUCUGGGAAACCCAUUGACAAUGGCCCUCCUAUUCUUCCUGAGGCUUACUUGGAUAUAUCUGGGAGUUCAAUCAAUCCUAGUGAGAGAACUUAUCCUGAAGAAAUGAUUCAGACUGGAAUUUCCACUAUUGAUGUCAUGAACUCAAUUGCUCGUGGACAGAAAAUUCCUCUUUUUUCUGCUGCUGGUCUUCCCCACAAUGAAAUUGCUGCUCAGAUCUGUCGUCAGGCUGGUCUCGUCAAACGAUUGGAGAAAUCUGAUAAUCUUCUUGAGGGUGGCGAGGAGGACAAUUUUGCCAUUGUCUUUGCUGCUAUGGGAGUGAACAUGGAGACAGCUCAGUUCUUCAAACGUGAUUUCGAGGAAAAUGGAUCUAUGGAGAGAGUGACUCUUUUCCUUAACUUGGCCAACGAUCCAACUAUAGAACGCAUAAUUACACCCCGUAUUGCCCUGACAACUGCAGAAUAUUUAGCAUAUGAAUGCGGAAAGCAUGUUCUUGUCAUAUUGACAGAUAUGAGCUCCUAUGCUGAUGCUCUUCGUGAGGUGUCUGCUGCUCGAGAGGAAGUGCCUGGAAGACGUGGAUAUCCAGGUUACAUGUACACUGAUCUGGCAACCAUCUAUGAACGAGCUGGACGUAUUGAAGGGCGCAAAGGAUCCAUCACCCAAAUUCCUAUUUUGACCAUGCCCAAUGAUGAUAUUACACAUCCAACUCCAGAUCUUACAGGUUAUAUUACUGAGGGGCAGAUAUACAUUGACAGACAACUUUACAAUAGGCAGAUAUACCCUCCAAUCAAUGUCCUGCCAUCAUUGUCUCGUCUAAUGAAGAGUGCUAUUGGUGAGGGUAUGACUCGUAGGGAUCACUCCGACGUGUCUAACCAGCUCUAUGCAAACUAUGCCAUCGGAAAGGAUGUUCAAGCAAUGAAAGCCGUGGUCGGAGAAGAAGCACUUUCCUCAGAAGAUCUGCUAUAUCUCGAGUUCCUUGAUAAAUUUGAGAAGAAGUUUGUUGCUCAGGGGGCGUAUGACACCCGCAAUAUCUUUCAGUCGCUCGAUCUGGCAUGGACACUUCUCCGGAUCUUCCCCCGAGAACUGCUCCAUCGUAUCCCAGCAAAGACGCUUGACCAAUACUACAGCAGGGAUGCGUCCAACUGAGAGGGAAGAGAGGAAAAUUUGGAAUCUUAGUUUCUGCAAACACUGUGAUAUAUUGUUUGGUGUAUAUUAUGUUGGGUGGUUUUAUAUCCUCCUCUAGCUCCUUCGGAAUAAGCAUUGACGACGGUCCAUGGAAGCGAACUCUCUCCGGCAGACGAAAGACUUACAUUCAUUGGUAAAGAGAAGCAGUUAGAUCCGGUAAUGAAGAGCAUUUGCCUGCUUUUAUAUUUCAAAUUCGAGAAACAUUUUGUUGCUUAGACUAUUUAUUGCUUGCAUUGUUUUCUCAAGUAAGGGGCUUCUUUUCAACUUUCAAAUGCUACUGGACAAUUUGGUGUUCUUUAUCAUUAUCAUUAUUAUUAUUAUUAUUAUUAUUAUUAUUAUUAUUA